ACACACGAAGAAGUGGAAGUUCGAUCAGUGCGCGCUCGUCGUGUCGAAUCCGGACUUCAGAAUCGCGACUUUUUUAUAUAAAUAUUUUUUUUGCUCGUUCGUUAUCGCUCUUCUUUCGAGUUUACUCUUGUUCACAUAUUUUGUGCUUCAUUUUGUUGCUUGUUGUUGAUGAUUUUGUGGGAUUUUAUUUAUGUUGACGACGGGAGAGACGACCGUGUAGCCGAAACAAUUUUUUUUUUAAUGACGAUUCUGCCUGUUGGGUAGUGAGUGCGCGCGAUCUUGGAAAAUUUGAGCUUCUCGUGACCACAGCACCAUCCAAAGAAAAAUCCUUAUCUGCGGCGAAUUUACGCACGCUGCCAGAGGUAAAAACACCAAACUCGGGAAGUGUUUCCCGAAAUCGAAUUUCGACCGAAACAGAAAAACGAGUUUUUGCUUUUCGCGGAGUCGGAACCAAGUUCGGGCAGAUUUUGCGAAGACAACACACCACACCACAUUCGCAACAUUUUCAUUUCACUUCGGCCAAGUUGUACGCCUCGGUGCGCCUGGAAAAAAACGAAGUAUUUAGCAGCUCUAGUGGAGAAGAAACGAACGUCGCGACGCGCGCACACCAGUUGAGUUGUGUGUCUCAACGGAAAGUAAAGUAAAACAAAAGGAAGAAGAAAAGUGUUGCUUCUGUGUAGACAAGCCGCGCGCGGUUUUGGCAGUGUUCGGUUUUCGUGUUGCACAUUCAGCACAGAAGUUAAGCGGAAAAUUCAGUGGGGAAGCAAGUGUUUCGGCUGUAUCAACACGCGGCGACAGCGACAUAGUUUCAUCCCGACGAUCUCCGAUAUUGUGUGCGUGUGUAUGUGUUAAUGCAUGAGAAGAAGUCACCGAGGGAGUUGCAGAUCAGACCCAGUUCACACCACACUUAGACGACGGUCAAAAUUACACCGCUGUCAAAAAUCGGCGCAGGACGAAGGCACAAUGAAGCAGAUAAAUCUGGAGGGAACCCCGCUGACGAUGGCGGCAAUCGUGCGACGUCGCGCCGAGGCAAUCAAACACAACAGUGAGUGUGAGGCGGAUGAUCUACGCCACAAUCAGACGCUUCCACCACUCAGUACGGGUACUAUCGUAGCCUCGGACUCCGGCGUGUUCAUGUCGACCUCGGACAUCGAUAGGACACACAGUGCUAGCACCAGCACCCAGUACCUGAGUGCCGUUGAGGAGUACACGGAGUUACCAGUAGGACAAACCAAAGUGAGUUAUGUAAUCGGAGAAAAGGACGAAGACGACGAGGAUGAUGAAGUCGGAGAAGACGGCGAACAGAACACUACUGCCAAGUCCAAUCGCAAACUGAACAAACGUACUUGCCAGAGUUUGCCGGAUGUGAAUAGCCCCCGGCCGCACACAUUUACCGCUGUUGUAACCACCUGUGAUAGUAGUAGUGAUAUAGAAGUAGUGCCUAGGAAGGAAGAGACUGAACUUGGUCGGUCCACUGACGAUGCCACCAAGCCUUGCGACACGGGAGGAGUUGUGGCGAAGAAAUCGACGACGCUACCGGUGGCUGCUGGUUCAGCCGCCCAGCGUAAAAUCGUAGACCCCAGUCUGCUGCAGGCGUUCUCCAUAGACCCCAAGCUGAUCAACAAGUCGGAUGGGCUAGAGCAUACGCUCUACUACAUCGACGAGAACGGCAGCCCUAAGCUGCGGGAAAAGUUCUCCGUUCAGCGACAGCUGGCGGAAGAGAAGAAACGCCGCAAGCGGGAACGGAGGCUAGAGAAAUACGGUCCCGAUGCAGACGAAGUGACGCCCCAGUGUACCUGUUUCAGCUUUAGCCGACUGUCGAAAAAGUUCCGGGAGAUAUGUAAACGACAGCGCAUAAUUCUGCAGGUUAAAAACGUAACAUUUACUAAUUGCACAUCUCGUUUCCUCCUUCCUACACGACAGGUAUUUCGGGCACGCACCCCGUCGGACGCCAUCGCACUGGUUUCCCGGCUGCUGGAGUACACACCAGGGACUAGGAUCACGCCGAUCCAGGCAUGCGCGCAUCCGUUUUUCAACGAGCUGCGAGAGGGCAACAAGACGCUACCGAGUGGGCGCGAAUUUCCGCCACUGUUCAACUUCACGGAGCAAGAGCUAGCGAUCCAACCGAGCCUGAAUCUGAUCCUUAGGCCCCGCAAUCCAAACGACGCGAAAGCCGGUCAGUCUUCGAGCACGGCGGAUGGCGGCAAUGGAGCCGGAGCCGGAGCCAACAGCACUGGCAGCAACAAUGGUGGUGGUGGCGGUGGUAGCAGCAGCAAUAGUGGCACCGCAGCGGACGGCUCUCAGGUGCAAGGCGGUGGCAGCGGAAGCAGCCAGGGUGGCGUUGCCGGUGCGCCAUCUGUCGGCGGGGCGGAGGAUAUUACGUCGUCACAGUCCGUACCCGUUGGCGUGGACAGCAGUUCCAGUCAAGGGGCUAUAGCGUCAGCAGCUACUUCUACGAUGGGUUAGCUUUAAUUCUUACACAUAAAAAUAUUAUAUUAUAUAUAUUUUUUUAAUUUUUAAAUAUUAAUUUAAUGCGAAGAGGAAAAUUCAACAGAAAAAAAGAGGGAAGAAAAACAAAAGAUGUGAAUAAAAUCGCAAACACCGUGAAAACAAAAAAAGUUAUUACAAUUUACUAGCGAGGUAGACAAAAAAAGGGAAAAAAGCAAGAAAGCAACAUUACUUCUAUAGAUGAAUUUAAUAUUUAAACAGCAAGAAUAACACUAAUAGAGGAAGCCUCGCAGAGGACAAUGCGAGAAUCAAAAACCAAGUAAAUUGAAACCUAAAAAAAUUCAAGUCGAUACAAAUAAGAAUAUUUCAAAACAAUAUUAUUCUUAACUAAAGCAGAGGAAUCCCCUCAAUCGCAUAAACACAUACACACACAAAUGCAAGUUUAGAAAAUCAAAACAAAGAGUCACAAUUCCUGCAAAAAAUUCAAUGAGCAAAAAAGUAGUUUCAAAACUAGCAAGUUAUAGUUAAUGUUUCGGUUUUUGUUCUUCUCUGUUGACUGUUGUGUAAAACAGAGCAGAGAAAAUGCGAAUAUUGUGUCGAAGGAUAAUCGAAAAUCUUCUGUUAAUGAAGAUUUUUGUGGUGUUUAUUAUUACUACCCUAGAGUUUUGUUUAUUUUCGUCUCUUUUCGAUGCCCAAACCAUGCGCGCAUGUAUCGUGCGCCGGGUGAAGUUUUUUUUUUACUUUAAGAAAUUUAAUGUUCAAUCAAGAAGUGUGUAAAUGGGGGCCGCCCUAUCCUUAACGAAAAAUGCGCUCUCGAGUGAACGCCAAUCGCAUUCGCGCGGUACGUCUUUUUUAAUUGAUGACGCAAGGAAAAAAUGCUGUAAAUGUGCAUCGAUUGCUACUCUAGAGGGAAGGCGAGAACGUUUGUAGGUAUACCUUGUGUAGUAGUGUGGGAAAAUUGUUUAUAUUACUAUUAACGAAAAACAUGAGAGGAAAAUUUAAAAAAAAUAGUACACACAUGUACCAUUAUUGAUAGCAACAGUCUUUUUGAGCAUUGUGACACACGUGUAAGACGUACGGAAUUAUGAGAAAGAAAAAAAAACAAACAGCAACAAGAAACAACAACAAAACUUCUCUUAAUGUUUGAAAUUUGAUCGACAGCAAAAAAAAAAGUAACCGUAAUACCGUUGAAGAAAAAAAAAGUGUGGCAAACAAAAUUUUUGAAAAUCACAGCAAUGGUCUCAUAUCCAAAAUAUUGCCUGAGAGUGGGAAUAGUGGAUGCAAAAACACAGACAUAAAUCAUCGUACGAAACGACGAGACCAGCAUAAUUAUAAUAUUCAAACAAUAAAUUAUUUUAAAUAAAUACAGAAUCAAUGAAAAACCUUUUUUGUAGUAUAAAGAAAAAGUAUAUAUAUUAAUGCAUAAGUAAUUUAAAUUUAACUCUUAAAAACAAAAGGGACAGAGAGCGCAGCGGACGAAUCAAUCUAAAGUGAUUGCGCAACAAGAACGUAAAAUCAAUAUAUAGCAUCAGUAGAGAGAACUUGCUGAGCAAACAAACAGAUAAAAAUAUCCAAUGGCUGGAGAAAAUCGUGCGCGAUGAUGUCACAGGAUAAAAUAAACUAGCCGAAAGUUGUAAUUACAGUGAAAACAAAACCGAAAAAAAUACAAACAAAACAAAUAUUGUUGUCGCUCUUUAGCAGUAAAAAACAACCAGAAAUCAUAAAAAAAGUAAAACAAUAUUUCACACAGACACACACACACAUAGUAACUGCUACAAUUUUUAGCUAUUAGAUAUUUUAAUCAGCUAGAAAAAAAGUAAAUAAAGAAAACAAAAUGUUAA